AUGGAAUCCGCAUACUGGUCAUACGAAAAUAUAGUCCCAAGCUUCCGCUUGGAUGGAAAGUUAGUCAUAUUAACUGGUGGCUCUGGUGGUUUAGCUGCUGUUGUAUCGAGAGCCUUGUUAGCCAAAGGUGCUGAUAUUGCGUUGGUCGAUAUGAACUUGGAGAGAACACAACAAGCUGCAAGAGACGUUUUACAAUGGGGGGAAGAACAAAUGAAAGGGAAAUAUGAGUCACCUAUCGGGCAAGUGAGUGCCUGGUCAUGUAAUAUUGGUGAUGCUGAGGCCGUGGACAUGACAUUCAAAGCCAUUAAUGAACACCACGGCAAGAUCUCGAGUGUUUUGGUUAAUACUGCUGGAUACGCUGAGAAUUUCCCAGCUGAAGAGUACCCUGCCAAGAAUGCUGAAAAUCUUAUGAAAGUCAAUGGGUUGGGUUCAUUCUACGUUUCACAAGCGUUUGCUAGACCAUUAAUUCAAAACAACAUGACGGGGUCAAUCAUUUUAAUUGGGUCGAUGUCGGGAACGAUUGUGAACGACCCACAGCCACAAUGUAUGUACAACAUGUCGAAAGCCGGUGUCAUUCAUUUGGCUAGGAGUUUGGCCUGUGAAUGGGCCAAGUACAAUAUCAGAGUCAACACGUUGUCGCCAGGGUACAUUUUAACGCCAUUGACGAGAAACGUUAUUAGUGGCCACACUGAGAUGAAAGCAGAGUGGGAGUCCAAGAUCCCUAUGAAGAGAAUGGCUGAGCCAAAAGAGUUUGUUGGAUCGAUCUUGUACUUGGCAUCGGAGUCUGCUUCGUCAUACACUACUGGUCAUAACUUGGUUGUAGAUGGAGGUUACGAAUGUUGGUAG